UUCAAUAGGAAACUCAGUCUCAGUUUGUAAUUUUGUUCAACUUAUCACAGCAAACGACAUCAACGAACAAUAAAGAGAAACAAUUAACUGAUUUGAUUAGUGAUAAGCUUUUAAACAAUAUUUUCAUUUUGUGCAAAUGAGAAACAAUUUACCAGGAAAAUUAAAUCAUUAAAUAAGAAACAGAGAAACAAAUAAACGAACGAAAACAAAAACUAAAAGAAAAGCCGACUCGUGAAGUUGCUAUUUUCACCACCAGGAACCACGCACAUCAACUUUAACCAUUCAAUUUGAUUCAAUUCAUCGACAAGAUAUCAUCUUUCGUCUUCGACUUUCCCUCUUUGGUUCCAAUGAGUUCGGACUGAUGAAACUUUUAUGCAUAAUUUUUUACUCUUCAAUCUUACGAAACUUACUGAUAUUCAUUUUACCACAAUAAAUAGCCAUUGAGCUGUUGAUAUAAUCAGACAGCCGAGUCAAGGAAACAUCAAAAAUGUAUGGAUUUGUUAACCAUGCUUUAGAACUUCUUGUAAUUCGAAACUUUGGAAAUGAAGUUUGGGAAAAGAUAAAGAAGGAAGCAGAAAUUGAAAUGGAAGGUUCAUUUUUGGUUCGAUUGAUUUAUGAUGAUGAAAACACUUACAAUCUGAUUGGAGCUGCUGAAAAGGUUCUGAAAAUUCCUGCAAACGAAAUUCUGGAACUUUUUGGUCGCAUGUUUUUCGAUUUUUGCCAAGAAUCUGGUUACGAUAAAAUUUUACAAGUUUUGGGAGCAACGCCAAGAGACUUUUUACAGAAUCUCGAUGCUCUUCAUGAUCAUUUGGCAACCAUUUAUCCAGGCAUGAGAGCACCAAGUUUCCGUUGUACUGAGCGUCUUGAAGAUGGUGCAUUGAUACUCCACUAUUACUCGGAACGAGCUGGCUUGGAGUAUAUCGUCAUUGGUAUUGUUAAGGCGGUGGCCAGCAAGUUGCAUGGAACCGAGGUUGAGGUUGAAAUAAUUGCCACCAAAGACGAUGGCAUUGACCAUGUUCAGUUUAGUAUUAAAGAGAAGUGUUCAAAUGGCCAAAGGAUUGCUGAACCAUUAGUCGAAGAGUUUGAGUAUUUAAACCUGGAUAAUCGAAUCAGUCCAAUGACCUUCUGCAAAGCAUUUCCAUUUCAUCUUAUUUUUGAUCGUAAUUUACAAGUUAAACAGGCGGGGACAUCAAUUUCUCGUGUUUUACCUGCUCUUCAACUGACCAGCUGUCGAGUCAAUACUGUUCUUGAAAUGGUCAGACCUCAUAUGGAGUUUGCUUUCAAAAACAUCUUAUCUCACAUUAACACUGUUUUUGUACUUCGAACAAUUACUGACAUGAUCUCAACUCGACCUCCAGAUUGUCCUCAUAAAGCAACAAACGUCAAGUUGCGAUUAAAGGGCCAAAUGAUUCAUAUUCCUGAAAACGAUUUAGUUUUAUUUCUUUGUUCACCUUCUGUUGUUAACCUCGAAGAUCUCAAUAAUCAAGGUCUAUACCUUGAGGAUAUACCACUUCAUGAUGCAACCCGUGACCUUGUUUUACUUUCCCAACAAUUUGAAGCUGAAUACGAAUUGACCAAAAACUUGGAAAUUUUAACCGACAAACUACAGCAAACUUACCGUGAACUGGAAGAAGAAAAAAAGAAGACAGAUUGCCUUCUCUACUCUGUUCUACCUCCAUCCGUAGCCAAUGAACUUCGUCACGGUCGUCCAGUGCCAGCUAAAAAGUAUGAAUCAGUGACCAUUUUGUUUAGUGGAAUCGUCGGUUUCAGUACAUUUUGUGCCAAAAACUCGGAUGCCAAAGGAGCCAUGAAAAUUGUUAAGCUUUUAAACUGUAUAUAUACAACUUUCGAUGUCCUCACAGACCCUAAGAAAAACCCAAACGUCUACAAAGUUGAAACUGUUGGUGAUAAAUACAUGGCUGUUAGUGGCUUACCUCAACCUUGUCCUUCUCACGCUCGCUGUAUUGCCAAGUUGGCUCUAGACAUAAUGGACCUUUCCAAGACAGUAAAGACUGAAGACGUCGACGAUGUUCAAGUUACCAUUGGGAUUCAUUCAGGUGAAGUAGUUACCGGAGUCAUUGGACGCCGAAUGCCUCGUUACUGUCUCUUUGGUAACACCGUGAACCUGACAAGUAGAACUGAAACAACAGGAGCUCCAGGUAAAAUAAACGUCUCAGAAACAGCUUACCGUCUGCUGCAACAAGAAGACAACAAGGACGAAACCUUUGAUUUCCAACUUCGUGGUCCUGUGACCAUGAAGGGUAAAACCGAUCCAAUGAUGGUUUACUUCCUUACACGAAAACCCGUUAAAGAAUCAAAAGUUGAAGAGUGAAUCAAAUCGUAAAAAGUCAGCAAAUGUGAUAAAUAUUUUACUGUUGAACCAAACAAAUGCACGAAUUACGAAAACAAUGUUUUCUCAACAUGCAUUGCCCAUCUUCAUCGCAUUUCUUUUCAUUUACAAAACACCAAAAAUUCUGUGCAACUUUUUUCUCUUUUUUAGAUUAAAGUGUUUUCUUUUCUAAAAAUAUGUAUCCAAAAACACUGCCUUGGAUAUUUGAUGCAAUAAACGCUGAACCAAGUUUCAUUGUUAUACAAGUGAAACCUUUGUAAAAUCAAUUUGUAAGCGAUGAAUAAAAACGAUCGACAAAAUGAA